AUGUCGCACACGAAUGAAGGUCAUAAGUAUGAUUGGUCGGAGAUAUCGAAAGGUCUGAGAACUGAUGCUGUUGUGUCAAGCACAUCAAACCUAAGGAACCACUACGAUGUCACCGUGAUCGGAAGUGGAUUUUGUGAUCUUGUUGCUGCUCGUAACCUGUCCUUGAAUCGUGACAUAAGACUACUGCUUCUGGAAGCUCGCGAUCGCAUCGGGGGCCGCACAUGGACAGCGAAAGAAUGGGGAGAGGACCUUGAAAUGGGGGACACAUCUUUGCAUUGGCAUCAACCCCAUGUUUACGCUGAGAUGCAUCGACACGGCCUGGAGAGGCAUCUCAAGACCUUAGCUGCAACAACAGACACGAAAUACAUGUUGUACAAGCCAGAAGGAUCAAGCGUGCAAAGGAUAGAUGACCAGAAAUAUGACCACCUAAGCUGCCAAGACCGACUCAAUCAACUGGAAUUACCGCAACAUGACAAGGAUCUUUUUGUUUCUCAGCCAAAUUCCUUUGGCAGUUGCAUUGCUCAAGACCUCGCGUGGACAGAUGCAUUGCGAUGGUAUGCUGUUUGUGGCUAUGGCCUCGCUACUAUGUACGAUGCCGUUGGUGGCUUCAAACUCGGUGGCGGAGGUACGACAAACAUGUGCCGCGAUAUACUAGCAGAAUAUCGAGGCAACAGAAUUUUCAGCAAGGUGGUCAAUGCUAUCAAGCAGACCAAAGACUCUAAAAUGGUAGUCAUUGCUUGUGCAGAUGGAUCUUCGUACAACGCACCCGGGAAGCAAAAUGCAAUCCAAGACGGUCAUAUAAACUUUGGUGAGAAGUACAUAGCCUCAUUGGACGCGGUAAAAGGAAACUGGUUCGCAAAUACUUCCGAUUUCAAAGACAGUUGUUUCUUUUUCGGAAUGAAGGAUCACAAUGGCACACAAUCAGCAAACCGAGCAGGCACAUAUGCCAUGAUGUUUGGCCAGAGUAGCAAGCUUCAAGAUUCCACCAACAGCGAUGAGAUUAUUGCUGAGUUUAAAAAGCUUCAGCCGAGUGGCAACGUGCGGGGAUAUGCGUCUCACACGUGGUCAAAAGAUCCAUAUGCCAAAGGCGCAUGGUUCGCUGCUUCUCCUGGCUGGGCUACCAAAAACUUAAAGGCGCUCCAGGAGCCCCAUGGCCGUGUGUUCAUGGCGAGUGCAGACUGGGCGCAAGGCUGGAGAGGUUUCAUUGAUGGUGCUAUUGAGCAAGGUACGCGGGCGGCGGCAAUCACCAAGUUGGCGCUCGAACAGGAAAACGGGACUGUAGAUGCUAAGCUCUAG